AUGCCAUUCGCCAAAAGGAUUGUGGAGCCGCCGCUUCUGUGCAGGAACCACAUCCUCAACGAUGAGGGUCUGCUUUUCGAGGACCUGUGUUCCAUCAAUAACGUGGUUCUGUCCCGGACCUUGCGACAGCUGUCCGACCUGGCCCGGCACGCCUGCUCCUUAUUUCAGGAGCUGGAGAACGACAUCCUCCACACCAACCAGCGGGUCUGGGUCCUCCAGAACAAAAUAGGCCAGAUACAGCAGACUGCCAGUGCCCUAGACCCUAAAAAGGAGGCAGUGCCGGUGUCGAACCUGGACAUAGAAAGCAAGCUGUCAGUGCACUAUCAGGCUCCAUGGCACCAACAACACAACGUGUUUCAUCCCUGCACCCGACCGCCAUGUCUGGAGGAGCUGCACAGAAAUGCUCAUCUCAGCCUCAGAGCCCUGAACCGAGACGAACAACAGCACGAACAACGGUCCACAAGUCGGGAAAGAAACAGGGUGACCAUCUCUAUCUCAGUGGCGCCCCCUAUGCCCACUUUCCCCUCACCACACAGCAUUCGCCGGCAACAGAGAAGUCGGCUGGCGCGAGCGCAAGAGAGAGCAGAGAGGGAGCGAGAGUUAGACUAUCAACCCAGGAAGGAGAGGACUGUGAGAGAAACAGAGAUCCAGACCAUCCAGAGAAAGGAGAGGCCAGGGAGAGAAGCAAAUGUUCAGACGAUCCAAAGAAAGUUUGCGUGCUUUUACUCACUUCAACCUAUUGAAAGUUGCAUCUUCAUCCCAUGGAAUAGAAAGGCUACCUCGAUGGGGGAAGAUGAAGGUUGUGAGGUCUUGGGAGGGCACAGAGCCAAGUCCUCAGCCCCCAACGCUUCCUCAACCCAAAAUAAGCAGACGAGCUGGUCCAAGGAAAACCACCCACCUUCAGAUCUGAAGAUAUCUGCCGAUUCUCACUCCAUCUCCUCCUGCAUUAUCCCCAUCAACGUCACAGGCGUUGGGUUUGACAGGGAAGCCAGUGCUCGUUGCUCUCUAGUACAUUCCCAGUCGGUUCUUCAGAGGAGGAGGAAGCUAAGGAGGAGGAAGACCAUCACGGGGAUACCCAAAAGAGUGCACCAGGACAUGGACUCAGAUGAAUCACCCGUAGCAAGAGAGCGCACAGUGAUCGUCCAUGCCAACCCGCACCAACUCUCUCUCUAUGAGGAAGAUCUCUCAAUCAGUGGUCGGCUCCAUCACACUCGUGACUCUGGCUGCCAGACAGAUGAUUGCCUUAUAGCAUGUUCAGCUGCUCCCUCCAGACGACGCAUCAGAGCGCAACGUGGCCAUCAGGGAAUCCCUGCCUCUCUCUCUCAUUCGACAGGCAACAUUUCGUCACUGGGUGACCAGUCAGAUUCCACAUACACCUGCUCUUCCAGCCACGGUGGACGCUUGCGCUCUCGCAGCCUUCCACGAGAGGGCGGACGUCUAAUGGACAGUGAUGAUGACGACGAUGAUGACGACGAUGACGAUGAUGACAAUUAUGAUGAUGACGAUGAAGAUGAGGAGCUGUCACCAUAUGAAGCUGAGGACUUUAUUCCAUCUGGCCCUAGUCCAAGAAUGAAGAUGAUGAUGAUGAAGGAUGAGGAAGAGAGCACAGAUGACCAGGCUGCCCCUGAGCCACUGCAACUUGGAAGCCUAAAAAGGUUACAGCGAUCUGGGGAUAGAGACCGAGGGGGUGGAGGAGGAGGAAGCCCAGAGCAUAGCUGGAUGGAGAGGGGCCGUUCUCGCUUACCCCGCAAAGCUGACAUGGGAAGCUGUGAGAUCUCAUCAAGUUCAGAUACUUUCAGCAGUCCUAUUCACUCUGUGUCUACAACAGGAGUUCUAGGAAGCCAUGUGGACCAUAAAGAGGACCACCAGUCGUCAAGUGGGAACUGGAGUGGUUCCAGCUCCACCUGCCCAUCUCAGACAUCUGAAACCAUACCCCCACCCUCAUCUCCACCACUGACAGGCUCUUCCCAUUGUGACUCAGAGCUAUCACUCAACACUGUGCCCAUUGCCAUUGAUGAGGGAUUUUCCCUGGAUAGCUCAUACCACUCUGACCUCAGACCCCAGGGCCAGGGCCACAGGUCAAGCUCAUUUACAUCCUCAGCCACAGAUCAGCUAGAUGACGCAGGGGUGAGUACAGCAAGUGAGGGGGAGUGGACAUACCCUCAAGACCAAGACCAGACUGAUCAAGACCAAGACCCUGAUCAGAUCCAAAGCCUGAGACAGAGUCAUGGGUUAGCUCAGGAGUACAGCUCCAAACAAGGUUUGGAAAACCAAACCUGUUUUAUUGACAAUACCCCCAACACUGAAAAGGGGCCUGGCUCUCUUUACGCAUCAGAGACAAACAGUUUCUACUCCUCAUCAGUGCAUUUUGGGGAGUGUAAUCCGAGUUACAGAGGUUACCUGUAUAACUAUGCAGACCAGGGACCUGACUGCAGUCAAUCCAACACUGUGGCAGCAGCACUAUCCCAUGGAGUAUACCUCCAAUCCUCAACUGACCUAAGAGCAGGCACUAUGACCCUGGGGAGAAGCUAUCGUCCACUGAAGAAACCCAAAGUCAAACCUCCACCACCCAAACGGACUUCUUCGCUGAAGGAAAGCAGCAGUAGUGUUGAUGUUGGAACAGACACACAGGCAGAUCAAGAUCAACCAAAGACAGUUAGAGAACAAGAGCUCACCUUGUCUUCCACAGAUAUGAAGCUGGAACUGGAGCUAGAGCUUGGAGGUGCUCCAGAGCCCUUACAGACAUCUUGUCUAGUAGCAGAGCCUUUAGGAACAUGGGGAAUGGGACUGGGUGAAAAUGUCGACAUAGUAGAACCGAUGUCCUUCAGCUCGGCAGAUACACACUCGUUUAAGAAUGAAGGUGCUGUGCAAUCUGACUAUGCAGAUCUGUGGCUUCACAACACUGAGCUGAAGUCCAACAAUGGUGAGUACACAUCUAUGUCCAACUCAAGCACAGCCACAGGAACUACUGUGAUGGACUGUAUCAAGUCACCAGACAGCUCUUCCUCCUCCACAGAAUCCCAAAGCCAGGCCUCUGCCCAGGUGUCACAGACCAGGCCAACUAGUCCCCCUCUCCCACCUGGAGACUACAAACUUGGGUCCCCUGAGAAGCUGGCAGGCCUAGCCUCGCCAUCAAGCGGCUAUUCCAGCCAAUCGGAGACUCCAACAUCAACCUUACCCUCAUCUUCAACAGCAUUUUUCCCAGGACCUCUAUCUCCCUCCACGGGCAAAAGGAAGCCUAAAGUGCCAGAGAGAAAGUCUUCUCUUUCUUCUCUGCAGCAUUUCCCCAGAGAUGGAGUUUCCAUUUCAUCUGGCUACAAGAGAGACCCAGACUUUCCACCUCCACCUUCUCAACUUGAUCUCAAUAUUCUUCAUGGUGGCUAUGUCAGACACACACUAUCCCACCGGACACACCACAUGCACACGCUCCACCACAGCAAACACAGAGUCGCAAAUGUGUUAGCCACUGGAACAAAGUUUCUGGUCCCUGAAACAUCGAAUUCCAACCCACCACCACAUUUGAACUCAACUCCAACAAUUACAAAUUCCCAUCUAAUGGUGAUAACGCCAUCUGCUCUUCGUUCAGUGCAGCUCCAUCCAAUUAGUCGAUCCACAAAUAGUGUUACCACUGCAGUCCAGGAAACAACAAGUGGAAUUGAGACUUCUACGAGACCCAAAUAUCCUCCUAGUUGUUCUACCCUGGCUCCACCAACUAUCAACACGAGGCCACUCCCGCCUCGCAGACCACCACCCAGACCCCCAUGUCAUGACCACGUCUCCUCCCCUGAACAUUCACAACCACCUCCCCCUGGCCGCCACCCUGAUGGGCCACCAUCCUAUGAAAGCCUGCUACUCAGACAAGACCGCUAUGGAUCUGGAACUUUCUGGGCUAUGUCUGCCUUCAGAACCAGGAUGGACCCGUUAUCAGAUAUGUCUGAAGACAGCUCACCUUUGCAUCGGCCAGUGCCACGUGCUCCCCACCCUUCGCCUGUGGAUCUGCACACACACAUCCACUCGCACACAGAGUUCCGAGGGCUCACACAUUCAACUCAUGCCCACUCUGAGUUUAGGGUUUUGGGGGAACGCUCAUUCUCCCAGGAUGAUGAUGAUGAGGACGAUGAAGAGGAGGAAGAGGAAGAGCCGGUGAAAGACCUACAGAGGGCUUCAUGUUCCAGAGGAGGCAUGCGAACGGAUCACCCUCCACCCCCAGCAUACGAGUUUGCUGGAUUAUGCCACACAGACUCAGGGCCCUGGGCUAGUCCAUUCAAAGUGCCUGGUACCACAAUGGGGACAUCGCAUCCUUACCUAAUCAGCGAUGCAAGGAGAAGAGGACUCGUAGAGAGAGAAGAAGAAGAUGAAGUGACAUCCGGUGCUAACAGAAGCGCCCAUCAGCAGCAUUCACAGGAGAAUAAAGACGACUCCACAACUCCUGACACAGAGGAUUACUUCAGUAAAGAUUCCACGCCCAGUGAUAAUUCGCUCUCCCCUCUGACGGAUGACUCCAAAUUGGACGAUGAACUUCUCGCCUCACCCAACAAGACCCGUACAACUGAGGAUCUGUUUGCCAUGAUACACAGAUCCAAAAGAAAGGUCCUGGGCCGUAAAGAUUCAGGAGAUUUAAACGUGAAGUCUCGUCUUUGCCCUCCAGCGACAGUGACCCCUUGCAGUGUCACCACCGUCAUUAUCCCGCCAGCACCUCCUCUGAUCAUCCCAGCCAAUUUAGCCACAGCUGCUGGGUCACAACGAGCCCCAGUGCCAAUCUACCGCAGCGCCAAGAAAUCCACCACAUCCAACGAGGAAUUUAAACUCCUGUUGCUGAAGAAAGGUAGCAGGUCGGAUUCCAGCUACCGCAUGUCAGCGACAGAGAUUCUUAAGAGCCCCAUAACUCCUAAAAUGCCAGGGGAGUCCCUUCAAGAGGGAGCCUUCAGACAGUACGAGGAGACAACCUCUGCAUUCCAAGAGACCCCAAUUUCUAGCAUGGACCCAAUCCAGAUACCAGGUCUUUUUCCCAGGGCCAACGCUGAGAGUUUCACCCUCAAAACCCUGCCUAUGUCAGCUGCAUCUCGACAGGGACGUUCUCGGAUCCCCCCUGUAGCCAACAGCAGUCGCUACAGUACACGCAGCCGCCUCUACACCGCCCCGAUGCAAGCCAUUUCUGAAGGGGAGACGGAGAAUUCAGAUGGAAGCCCCCAUGAUGACAGAUCAUCCUAAAAACCAACCAGUGAGAGAUGUCUUGAUGAUGUUCUUACUUUAAAACAGACCCUUGCACUGUUCUUAUAUUGGAAAAGCUUCUCAUCAAGGGCCAACAGUGUAAUUCUUGUGACACACGAAAUCUGGUAAAAGUUUUGUUUUUUCUUUUUUUAAGUUUUGGAUCCACAAUUCUAUUUAAGGGUGUCAGAGUGCUGUGAGAUACUGAACCAGCUUUGAUGAUAUAUCUAAAUACUGUAUUAUCAAAACAAUAGCUCCCUCAUAGUUUAAAAAAAAAAGAAAAGAUUUGAGACCUAUUUUGAUUGACUUGUCUUUAAAAUAAAAGAGUCCUAAAUGUUUGGUAAAUAAUGACAAAAGACAUUUUGUGGAAUACGGACAACGUGCGUGCGCAUGAAUUAGCACAUGCAACAUCCACUGAUAUUUCUACUUCUCGUGUUUUGAAUGGUGUGAGUGCGUGUGUGUCCCUGAGGAACUGCUUUCUUAUUAACAUUUUAAAAUCUUCUGAAGUUUAAUAUUCUUUGAACUUUUGGUGCCCAAAGCAUCGGCCCGGAGUCUAUGACUCAAUAUUCCUGCCAACAAGCAAAGGUUGUUCCGUUGUGGAAGUUACUAACAACAUCUCGACACAGCAUCAAACGUAUCUAUUGUAUUUCCAUCUCGCAGACCUGGCAUUGAGAGUAUAUCACACAGAGCCAAUCAUAUAUUUCUUCGCAUAAAUUAUAUCCAAAAAGAUAACAUGAUGCAUGUAUUUUUAUAAAAUUGCGCCUCCUGACAUGGUGAUAAAGUUUCGCCAUGUUGCAUGACCCUAUAUGGAAACAUCCCCAGGAUCCCGGUUUCAACAUUGUUGUGGUUCCUUUGUAUUAUAAGAAUUAUCAAUCUUUCACUGUGAAAGGUUUCAGUGACAUUUGUACCCCAUUUCCAGUGAUCUAAAUUGAUUUGUCUUAGACAUGAGUUUCAAACAAGAAGGUGCAAGGGCUUGCAACUAGAUCGAGCCCACUGCUCUACGAUACUGGCUAAUUUUGGACAAUCGCACAGUGGCCUUUCUCUACUAGAGGUUGUUGUAAGCAGGGCGUUUAUAAGUCUCUGCACGUAUACAAGGACCCUCGCCAUGUUCCACCAGAAUUCAAUCACAGACUUGUUUAAACCCAACCUUGAAAUCUAGUUUGUUUAGAUGGAUUUCAGCUUUUCCAGCUGCUGGCAAGUUUUGCUGUGCUCACUUAAAGAAAGGUGCAUUUCAAAGCAGUUUUAAUCUGAACAUCGAGUGGAGAUGGUGAAAAUGCUUUAGAAAGUCCUCAAUCGGUUUUACUAGAGGUUGAUUUGGAAAAGAUUCCAAGAACCAACCUUGCUUUUGCACUUCAUGAUUCUUCAAGAAUAUUCCUUGAAAAAAAAUAUAUCUUAUAAUGAAAAAUUGCAUAUGUAUAUUUGUACUGAAUAUUAAAAGUCAUAUCUAUAUAAAACAAACAGCAGAAAUUUUAUAGGGAACGAACCUGAGUGUAGCAAAGAAGAACAGGUUUUAUUGACAUUACACGUGAAUCUUAACAAUAUACACUGUUCUCCUCUCCUUGUUGCCUCUCCUUCAUUUGCACUGACCCAGUAGCAUUAGACAGGUGAAAGCUCAACCCAGUGGCUGGGGUACGCCAUUGUCUUACCCUUGUCUAAAUUUACUACGAAAUCUGAAAGAGUGGAGACAAGAGGAGUAUAGGACUAUAUUCAACCGAUAUUUAAAAAAGGCAGCGAUGCAUAUAUUGCAUUGCUGCUUCCUUUUCUGCCCAACACAGGGAUUAGAGUAUGCUGUCAAAUCAAGUGUGUUACAGAAGCAAGCUAUCAUCAGUGGAAAAUUUGAACUCUCACCUGCCUACCACAGCAAACACAACACAUAUACUUCUUAAAUUCAGAGACCGUACUUCAAUAGAAACCAUUCACUGUAUUCUGUGAAUACCUCAGCAAGCAUAUUACUGUUUUAUUGUAAAUUAAAUAGAUAGAUAAACAGAUAGACAGAUAGACAGAUAGAUAGAUGGAUAGAAAGUUAGAGCGAUAGAUAGAUAGAUAGAUAGACAGAUAGAUAGAUAGAUAGAUAACAAAACUACAACUGUUUGAUACUCAGAGAAUCUGAAUUGCAGAACUGACACUGUGUAAGAUGGAGAGAGUACAAAGCUGUGAACUGAUUAUGAGAAUUUUACAUUCGUCAUACCCAUAUUGCUGAAACUCACUUGUUCCUACUCAUUGUUUUAUUUGUUGUGUUUUAUAUCGCAUGCAAUAAGUCAAGAAAAUAAAGAAGAAAAGAAAAGGAUACCACCAUAUCAUUAUUUUUAUCUGAGGGAUGUCUCCAUACCACAAGAAAAGAUUUUGUAUUUUCCGUUCAAAUGUCAAGUUCAAUAGUGUGUUCUAUAGAUGUACAAACUGUCUGGCUAAUUCUGUUCUGUAUAGUUGUGAUCACAAACAGGGGUUUAUCUUGUACUGUAUAUCUACUCACUGGACAAUCAUACGUAUAAAUGACUGUAAAGAAAAUGAUAUUGAAUUUGUCGGGGGGGGAGAGAAUCUGAACACUUUUGGUGCUGGGUCCUAUCGCUGGAGCUGUGGGAGUUUGGGAGUGAGAGAAAUAUUUUCAAAAAGAAACUGCUGAUUGAAUUUAAAGUGCAUAUCUGAACAAGUCCGCUUUGGGGACAAAAAAAAUAUAUGAAUGAAAAAAAAAUCAUUGAUCUGAUCAGAAAGUCAUUGUAUUUACUUAUGACUCAUAACAGAAUUUUUGGAUUCCCACAAAACAUUAUUACUGAACAAUUAAAAUAAAUAUGUAGACUUGAUACAGUUGAUAUAUAAGAGAAAAAUGCAAUGUCACUCUGUGAAAUGUCAUUGAAAAAGCUUAAUCACAUAAAUACUCCUAGUAUUUGAGGAUUUUCUUUGGGUGUGAUUUUUCCGUACUGUACCGGUGCUAGCAGCGAUGCUAAAGAGGUACUUCGAGACUGUUUCCUUUAGCUGUAAAAGCAGUGGAUAAAUGAUUGACUGACAAUUUGAUUAGAAAGACAAACUGUGGUUGCCAUGCAAACUCUUAGUGCUCAUUUAGCUCAGUCCUCAGCAGCUUGGGAAUAUAAAAGAUAAGAAUCUAUGACCUUAGAUAGAUAUAGGAUCUUCUUUCGCCAACUGUUCUCCAAUGUCUGCACACAGUUUUGCCCUAAAGGGAAAGUGUGACAAAAGCCACUUGAUAUUUUUCUUCAAGGGUGUACAGUAUGGAAUACCACGAACUUAAGAAUAAGUGACAGAGAGCAGGACAAUUUCUGAUAGUGCAGACAAAGUGUAACUAUUGAAAAGAAGCUCCAUGUUUAAAACUAGCUAGGACUUAAAGAGAUUUGAAUCACUUUUGUAUUUUUGUAUAAACCUGUAAAUACGUUUUUAAAGAAAAAAAUCUUGCAAAUUCUUUCUUUUGUAAAAUAAACCAAUAAAAAAAGAAUAAAAAGAAAAAAGUUUUUUUUUUUUUUUUCAAAGUUUAAUGAUUAUUUCCAAGCCUUUGUAUAUUUUGGAGCUGUGCAACACUUUCAGUCUUGUAUUUAUUUUUGGGGGGUUACAACAUUGUGAAAAUUCCAUUAUUCUAUAUCUAAUUCAUUUUAACAGCUCAUCAGGCUGCUUAGUAACUGUGCAUAGAAAA